AUGAUUUCUUUGGACAGGAGCUUACCGGAUACACGAAGGGAAGAAUGCAAGGCCAUUAAAUACGAUCUCGAAAAUCUUCCUCAAUUGCUGAAAGAAGUAAUACUCGUCGACGAUAACAGCCAGAGAGAGGAUUUGAAGGAGCAUCUUGAUGAAUAUGUUCGUCGCUUCAAUGGAUUAGUUCGCAUUCUGAGGAAGAAUGUCAGGCAUGGUUUGAUUAGGGCUAAAAUAGCUGGAGCACGAGAGGCAACCGGUGAUGUUAUCAUCUUUUUGGAUUCGCACUGUGAAGCAAACGCUGGUUGGUUGGAGCCACUUGUGCAGCGCAUUAGCGAAAAGCGAAGUGCAAUCAUCUGUCCAAUUAUCGACCAUAUAUCAGCUGAAGACAUGCGCUAUAACGGAGAUCCUUACUCAACUUCAGUUGGAGGGUUUUCUUGGGCCCUGCACUUCACAUGGGAAAGCAUGCCUGAAAGAGAGAAAAAUCGAAGGCAAAAUCCGACGGAGUAUAUAAGGUCUCCUACCAUGGCUGGGGGUUUAUUAGCCGCUAAUCGUGAAUACUUCUUCGAAGUUGGCGCUUAUGACGAGGAGAUGGAUAUAUGGGGUGGAGAAAACUUGGAGAUAUCUUUCAGGGUAUGGACGUGUGGUGGUUCGAUAGAGUUUAUUCCGUGUUCGCACGUGGGCCACAUAUUCCGCGCUGGACAUCCGUACAACAUGACAGGUAGAGGAGGUAACAAAGACGUCCACGGCACAAAUUCCAAGAGGCUUGCGGAGGUUUGGAUGGACGAGUAUAAACGACUGUAUUAUCUUCACAGGCAUGAUCUAAAGUUAUUUACUGAAGCGAAUGAUUUUCGCAUGUGCGUCGAUACUCUGCAACGUGAUGAACAUUACUCACAUAUGCUAGGAGUUUACCCAUGUCAGGGCAAAGGAAGCCCACCACAGUUAAUGUCGCUCUCUAAAGCUGGUCACUUACGUCGAGAAACCAACUGUGCCCAAGUGGUCCUAUCAGCAGGUGGUUCAGAGAAAGGCAAAGUCAAAAUGGUUCCUUGUAGUGACAAUAGUCCCAUUUGGAAAUAUGAGAACUUAUUGCUAAAAGAAAGCUCUCACGGACUCUGCUUAUCGACUGAAGGACUAAAGGCCAGUGAUGAUGUAGUAGUACAAAAAUGCGAUAGCACCAAUCCUCAUCAACUGUGGUCUUUUGUCGAUCCGAUGAAAGCAAGCUGA